GUGUGCAGAGCCAUUAAAUCCCAUUCUCAUCCCUGCAAAACCAAAUGGACGGCUCAGGGAGCCAACCGAGUUCAUCCUCUUGAAGCCAUUAGACCAAUUGCAGAGUGACGGGGGAGGGAGCUUGCCGCACUGAUCUCUGUUUGCAGCAUCCCUAGAGCUGCUUCUGUUGUGUGAAAUACAAGAAAGGGCAAGACGGAGGGGGGGGAGUAGAUCCUUGGAGGCAAUCGCAGAACGGAAAAGGGAUCUCCUGGAGGCUGCUGGGAUAGGGUUACUUCGGUGUGAAGAGUCCAUCUUCAGAGAAAAUGACUGUUUUGUCAAUGUAAACAGCCUGUGCAGUACCUGCAUUGCUAAAGGGGGAAGCAGAGGAGGAGGAGGAGGAGGAGGAGGAGGAGGAGGAGGUGGAGGAGGAGGAGGGACAGACACUGGAGGAAAUGCUGCCUCUUCCAAUGAAAUUUUUCCCUUCUGUAGCUAGCCCAAGCCUGCUGCAGCUCACCUCUGAACUCAUGCAUGUUACAUGUUAAGUUUUAGGUUUUUUUCUUCAGAUCAUAUGGCGUAAGCAUCAACAAUGGCUCAGCAGACCCCAGACCAGAGGGAUGACAUCUGUGUCGACCAUGAGGAACACUAGAGACUGAGCGACAGAACAACAUCCACAGAGAUUCAAAAAUACAUCAUACAGUUGAAACAGUUGCACCUGACCAUGGCUAUAACUGCAGCCAAGACAACUACGAGUUUUGUCUCCACAGCUGCCACAACCACCACAAUCCCUUUCCUCUCAAUGGGCACCAGCGCCAGAGACAAUAUCACCUCCAGAACAACAUUAAUGACUGUUACUAUAACAACAAACGAGACCAGCUUCAACGCCACCACCUCUCCAGAAGCAGUGAUUGAGGGCUCGGGAAUGGGAAUGGUGCUUGUCCCGUUUGGCAUCAUCACCGUCAUCGGCUUAGCAGUGGCAAUAAUGCUCUAUAUCCGGAAACGGAAGCGGCUGGAGAAGCUGAGGCACCAGCUCAUGCCCAUGUACAACUUUGACCCGGCGGAAGAACAAGAUGACCUGCUGGAACAGGAACUACUGGACCAUGGUCGGGAAGGCAGCCUCACGGGUCCCAAUGCCAAGACUCUCACAACAUCCCAGGGGACCAUGCAGAGGCCCAGUCGUCUGGUCUUCACAGAUGUAGCCAAAGCUCUCAACGCUUAACAGUUCUCUUCCAUUAGUUUAUUUCAGUUUGCGGGGGCCACUGGCCUCAUCAAGAUAUAGACUGUUGCUCAGGAAGGAAAACAAAGGGAAAACUGGACUGUUUUUGGGAACAACUGGAGCUUUGGUGAAUGUUUUUAUCACCAGGACUUUGUACGUGAGAAGGCAGUGGUUUUCAAAUUAUCAGAAAAAAAGUAGGGUGCAUGUAUGAUAAGGGAGCAUAACGGGAAGCAUCACAUAUGAUCUUGCACUGUUAUCGUUUGGCGCACAAAAUGCAGUGUGAUGCACUUUUCUUAAAAUCAUGUUGUGUCAUUGUUGUUAAAAUGUUCGGUAGCUUGUCAGUGAAGUUCUUCAGAGCUUUGAUAUCUACUUCCAUGUUUGAUAUGAGAGGAGUGUAAAUUUGUGUUAUACUGAUUUUGUGGUCUUACGUCUCUGACAAGCUUGAACACUGGAUGUGUUAGCAUCCUUAAGUGAACUGUCCCUCUUCAUUUUGUUUCUUCUUUAUUGAGUAAUGAAGGAUUGAUUCUGUCUAUAUACAUUAAAACUAUUUAAACCAA